CAGAAGUCUGUAGUAGUGUCGCGAGUGGCGCACAGACGCUCUUCUCACACAGCUGCCCAAUCGGCUUCCUCGAUUCGUGACAGCAGGCCAAUCGCAGAGCCCGCGUCCGACUGAAAACUAUUCAACAUGGAGACAACAGUUGAAAAGCUUGAAGCGAUGUUCCUCAAGUCAGAGGCAGACCUGGAAUACAUCGAGAAGCGGCUAAAGCUGGACUUCAUCAACAAUGCUGCAGAGAAUAGAUGUCCCACCGAGGUGGAGAACCCGGCGGUGAUGCUGGAGAACCUGAGGGCCAUCAAGGCCAAACACACAGCGUUGUGCUCUCAGGUGAAGGAGAUCGCCGCUGCACAGAAAGAGUCUAUGGAUUCCAUCACAAACAACCUCAGCAGUGUCAUGGACCUGAUCCAACACUUCCAACAGACUACUGAUGUGGAGGUUCAGCCACUGACAGAGUCAGUGCAGGAGUCAGCAGAGCUCUUGGGUUCCACUGUCCGUGAGACCACGACUGAGGUGCUUCCUGCUGCAGCAGCUUCGGGCCAACAGCAAACACUGAGCUGUGAGUAUGAGGAGCUGAGCGAAGCGAUGCUGGAGGCGGUCCCUCUCAGUAUACUCUCCAAAAUCAAGCUGGAUGACCUCAACGUGUUCUACAAGCAGCUGCAGCAGCACUUCAGCAGGAACAGCAGUGGCUCCCUCAGCAUACAGAAGAUGAAGCAGCUGAAGAUGAAAGUGAGUGAAGCCAAGCUGAAGGUCCUGCAGCACCUCUCUUUAGUGGAGCUGGACAAGAAAGGCCACGUUCGUCUUGUGAUGUGAGGUGGUGGAUUAACACCUGGACACUGUUGAUAGGGUGCGUGGUGUCACUGGAUUUGUGUUCGCGAGCCAUUCUUCAGCCCCAUUUACAGUGAGCACGAUUUUUUAGUGUGAGUCAUUCAGAAACAUGCAUGAAUACAGCAAAACACGUUUAAGGAGAAAUGUUCCCUUUGCUGAAAUGCAGCAUUUAUUUUAUUCACUCACAGGGCAAUGUUCUGCUGCUUUUGCUUUUGAUACUGUUCAGCAAAAAGAUGUCCCACACAGCUACGUGCUGAUAUAAAGAAUAUAAAGAGUAGCUUCACAGUGGUCUAACCAGCUCCUCCCUCUGGUUGAAAGUUUCAUUCUUGUUUCAGCUCUGACAGCACAUGACUCCGGUUCCUGGAGUACACCUGUACAUCCCUGCAGCAAGAAGUCCAAAGAUUUUCAGGGGUCUUAAGUUAAUCUUUAACUAGUUGCGUGAUCAGACUGGACUGACGUCAGGGACUGCGGAUCUGACUCGUCUCAAAUGUCAGUCAUACUCUCCGUCAUGUGGGUCUUUUGUGUACAUACUUACAAAACAUUUGACAGCUCAUUUUUCUUACAUGUGAAAGGGCCGUUAGAAAAUGUGCACCCUUAGUGUUGUGUAUGUAGGGCUGGGUACUGAACUGUCAAAAACUCGGUUACGUCAAACAUCUGCUCAGAUAAAAAUUAAGUCUGUUUGGCUUAUUGUUUAAUCAGAUAUUUCCUGAGGAAUUUAAAAACAUGUUUAUAGUAGCAGUACUGAUACACGUCACACUGCAGGCCUAGCUGGAUGUUCUAUGAAUUGACCUUUUCUCCCACAGCUGACAUAUUGAGUAACUCUACAGCGAAGUGAAAUGAUUUGAGUUGUAAUAAAGGUCUUUAUGUACAUCUGCA